AUGAGCAAAGACCUAGACCGAAACAAUAUCGGCAACGCCAAAGAAGCGGGCAUGGCCACAGAUUUGGGACUCACCUCGUCCGAUUACUCUUUAGCUGUCUCGAUCUUCUUCAUCGGAUAUCUCCUACUUGAGGUGCCGAGCAACAUGAUUCUCAGCAGGACUCGCCCGAGUCUCUAUCUCCCCGCUCUUAUGACUGUCUGGGGUGCUAUGGUAAUCGGCUACGUGGGCGUUAAUUCAAAGCGCGGUCUUAUCGGUCUUCGGUUUGCGCUGGGGUUGAUUGAAGCUGGAUACUUUCCCGGCGUUCUGUUGUUCAUGAGCAGCUGGUACAAGAAAGCCGAGUUGGCUAGGAGAUUUUCUAUCUUCUAUUGUGCGUCGCUCGUUUCGGGCGCCGUUGGUGGGCUUAUUGCGGGCUUGAUCUUGGAGAAGAUGCACAAUCGGGCACCGUAUCCGGCGUGGAAAUGGCUAUUUCUCAUUGAGGGUGUAAUUACAAUUGGAUGCGCCAUUAUUGCCAUAUUCGUGCUACCCGACUUCCCUGCUACGACCAAGUGGCUCACCCCGGAAGAGCGAGAAUAUGCUGUUCGACGUCUAGAACAAGAUGACAACUCGAGUCGCGCUGGAGAUAUCUCUCACUGGCAGAGCUUUACGUCGGCGCUGCGCGAUUGGAGGACCUGGCUUUUCUUCUGGGCACAAACGUUUUGCACCUGUGCAGGUACCAUCACGUACUUUGUACCGACCUUGAUGGCCGCUUUGAAUUACACUGGCCAAAGUGUGCAAUAUAUGACGAUUCCGAUCUAUAUGGUUGCCUUGGUGAUCGUCCUCAUUUGUGGCUUCUCCUCGGAUUACUUUGGUGAACGACCCAAGCACAUCAUGGCCAUGGCCUCCAUGUCCACCGUCUCUCUGAUAAUCGUGGCCACGGUUGAUAAUGCCAAGGCUCGCUACACAUUCUUAGCAUUUGGCGCUGCUGGUAUAUGGUGCUGCAGCCCAUUAACUCUCAGCUACCUAUCCAACACGAUAUGCCGACCAGCGGAGAAGCGAGCAGUGGCUAUUGGUUUUGUGAAUGCCUUCGCCAAUUUAUCAUCAGUAUACGGAGCAUACAUCUGGCCUGCGAGCUCAGCGCCGGAAUACGCGCCCGGAUUUGCGGUUAGCACUAUUUUUAUGUUUCUCUGCAUCAUCACUUCGCUGCUUCUCAUGAUCCUGACAAAGAAAUAUCCGUAUGAGAACACUAAGGAUGGCAGAAUGAGGUGA